UCCUUCAGCAUAAGAGGCACAUGCUGAGUUUCAGAAGCUGAAGAUUGGACUUUUUGUUUCUAUGUUCAAACUACAUCUUCAUUGAAGGCUAAAGAGAGAUAAGCUAUAUGCCUUGGUAAUAGGCUCUGAGCUUGCAGCGACGCUCGGUUGUGUACAUGCGGCUUCCCGAGUAUGCAGGCAAGAUGUUAAAGCACAGAGGCGGCAGAUGCAAAACGCAGGCUGGAAAGGACACAGCGGUUCAAGGAACGAAUGACAGUAGUAUAGUAAGCAAAUGUUCUGCUGCUGGACUAGGCUACUUUGAGGACAAUUUCCUGAAAUGUUUUGUCCAGAAAACUGUUCGAAGAUCCCCAUUAAUAAACAGGGGAUACUAUAUCCGUGCAAAGGCAAUGUCUCACUGCCAGAUGAAAUUCCUUCAGGUGACACAAGGCCAUCCAAGGAGACAGAUAUUAUCACUUGGAGCUGGAUUUGACACUCUUUAUUUCCGACUGAAAGCAUCUGGCCUACUGAAAGAUGCAAUGUUUUUUGAAGUGGAUUUUGAAGAUGUUGUAAAGCGCAAAGCAGCUUUGAUCAAGGCUGAUUCACACUUGCAAGAAAUAUUAGAAGAUGCUGAAUUUGAUCCACAUGGCCAGAAUAGAGAACUGGUUAUUAGGGGAAUAGAUUACACACUUGUAGGAAUAGACCUGAAAGAACUGGACAAACUGGGUAGGGUCCUGAUUGAGGCUGGCAUUUCCCCUGAAGCUCCAACACUGCUGAUUUCAGAAGUGGUCCUGACUUAUAUGGAAAAUUCCAAGUCUGAUGGAGUGAUUGCAUGGGCAGCAAAAUUUUUCAGUUCAGCAGUCUUUGUAAUGUAUGAGCAGCUGCAACCUUCUGAUCCCUUCGGACAAGUUAUGCAGAUGCAUUUCCAACAGCUAAAUUCAACUCUGCAUGCACUUCAGUUGUAUCCUGAUAAAGAAACUCAAAGAAUGCGUUUCCUGCAUCGGGGCUGGGAGAAAUGUUUUUGCAUUGACAUGAAUCAGUUUUACUAUGGACUUCUUUGCCAAGACGAGAGAAACAGAGUAGAUCAACUUGAGCCCUUUGAUGAAUAUGAGGGUUGGCAUCUGAAGUGUUCUCAUUAUUUUAUUCUGACUGCAUCUAAAGGACAGCUGAGGGAUCGUCUGCUACUGUCGGGUGUUCUUGGCACCAGUCUUUCAAUAGCAGUUCCAACAUUUGUUCCUCAUUCAGUUCCAGUUUCCAAACUACAUAUGGAUCCAAAUGUGGUUGGCAUGGUAGGAUCUGUAGAUGACAAUACUGCACUAGCCAGGUUUGGCUUGCAAUGUGCACUACUACAACCGGACUGUGUACUAGUGACUGGGGGAGCAGGAAGACAUGGACGAGAAGAGGGUGUAUACAUUCUUUUCAGAGCAGAGACUGGUUGGAGGACAGUGCAUGCAAAAGUUGAAUGCAUCACAGGCACAGAAUGGGGGGCAAGGAUGUUUCACACAGUAACUCCACUUCCUGGAUGCAGAACUUGUGUAGUUUUUGGUGGGCGCUCCUCUCCUUUGCAGCCUGUGUGCAGCGUGCUAAGGUUAACUUGGAAUCCACUUAAUCCGGAGAAUUGUUCAUCCUUGAAACUAAAUGUUCACCAGCUGCAUUGCUUUGGCACUUUACCACCAUCAAGAUGGCGACAUACAGCGACCCUGCUCACCUGGAAAGGAAAGAUCUACUUAUUUGUUUUUGGUGGAAUCUCUGUCGUGCACAAAGCGUUAUCAGACUGGCACUUUCUUGAGCUGGAGAGCAACACGUGGGACAAGAUCCCUGUACGAGGCCCUGCACCAGAAGGCCGUCACUCCCACUCUGCCUGCCCCUAUGCUGAAGGGCUGGUUAUAGCAGGAGGUGCUGGAAGGGAACACAACCCUCUGAGUUCUGUGGUUUUGCUAAAACCAGUUCAGUGUGGGUUUGAGUGGCAGGAAUUACAACUUGAAGCCUCAUUUAUUGCCAGGUACUCCCAUACAGCACAUGUAUUUGGUGAUCAGCUUUAUCUUGUUGGAGGAAUCUGGAUUGAAGCCGUAGGGGUUCCAGGUGUAGCAGUGAUUGAUCUGACUUCAGGACAAUGCAGAGAAUACACUAUUAACACCUGUUCCGUGCCAUGGCCUGUUAUGAUGCACUCACACAGCUCGCUGCUCCUUGAGGAAGAAAAAGAGAUCCUGGUGAUUGGUGGUGGUGGGAACUGUUUCUCUUUUGGGACAUACUUUAAUUUGUUGCCACUGGUGCUGAAUUUGAGUGAUGUUAGAUAAUAGCAUCAGCUGAUGAGAGACCCUGGUUUUAUCAAGUGGAUUUGUGGGUACAUUAAAGAAAAUUCAGCACAUCCUUAAGUUAAAUUAUGUAUGUUUAGGUGUACAAGUUUGACCAUGCAUUGGGUUCCAGUCUGUUAACAUUAGGUAAAUAUUUCCAAUAUGGUAUACUUUGAUACAUUUAAAAUAUGAUCUUUUUUAUGCUUCUGAACACCAUUAAUGGAGGACCUGCUUAAGUCGGGUAUGUCAUGCACACUGGGCUUCAUUCAGCGCAUGGAGAAAUUUAACUAAAGGACUGCAUAUCAAAUCAUCAUUCAAGACUCUUUACUGGUUUUUACUUAUUAUUAGUAUUUUAAACAGAAUUGAAUACAUGUAGAUGAAAUGUUUUCAUAGCAUUGAAAAUAUUUUUAUUAUCUGCAAAAAUAAAUUAUGCUUUUUUAAAAAACUUUAAAUCAAGCCUAUGUACAUAAAGGAAGUAUAGUUAAGUAUAGGCCUGUUACUAUACAUUUUUUAACAGACAUUUAAACAGAAGAUAUGUUGCUGAAAUUGUAGACCCAAGCAUUGGCCCAUCUCAGCUUCCUUUCAGAUGAGCUGUAAACUUGAGAGAUGUCACUGGGUGGGUGUAGAGAAUCUGAAGGCUGUCUUAUGUUUACAACAUCUGAGAGUGUUAGAGACUCUGAGAACUUAACGGUGGGAUAAGUAAGCUAUUCCCGCACUCCGCUGGUAACACAGUGAUCACUUCUACACUGUGCUACACCUUAUCAGAGGAACAGCUCCUCCAAGGGUAGAAAGGGUAAAUUCCCGAAACAAGGAUAAAACUAUGGUGGACAGGUUUCAAAGCUGGUUUGCCUUUGUAUAAUGAAGAAUAUUUGAUGAUUAAGUACAACGAACUGUCACAUUUCAUGGUUGAGUUUCAGGAAGUUUUGGUAUUGUGGCAUUUUGGGUACUGCAGAGGCUUAAACAUCUUAUUUCAUAUGCAUAUGAUGCAAUCAGAUUGAGUGGAUAAGGUGGGAGCCAUUGGAGAUUUAUGUAAAUGAGCAAAGGUAAAAAAAAAGGAGCGCAUUAUAAUUAAAACUAAAAUGUAUAAUCCAGACAUUGAGAUACUGACCAAAUUCAUCCACUUUACUGCCUUGGAAGAUAAGUUACAUCAUCUUUGUUAAUGUUUAUUAACUCGGCAACAGAAAAUGCACCACUCUGUUACUAACAGUUCAGUGGUGACUCUUUUUGCACAUUCUGAAUCAAACAUCUAUCUCCAUGUUCCAUUUGUGGACACAAAAAGCUUGACCUGCUGUAUUCAAGCGUUAAUGUCUUUAAAUGUAAAUCUGUGGCACAACCGGGCAGGUAUGACCACAUCUCUCUGCCAUCUACAAGCCUGCUAUCAGACUGCAACAGCUCGCAUGUUAUCCAAGCCAGGAGGUCUUGUGUGUGUUUGGGGUGCUGUCAUUUGUUAAAAUAUUUUUAUUGAGCUUUUUAAAGUUUGCUUUUCAUCUG